CCGGUAAACAUUUUGAUUUAGUGAUCUAUCACUAAUUGCUAAACUGAUUAGCGAUCAUCCGAAACCAAACCGAUUCGAAUCUUGCAAGUGACCAAGUUUCAAUGAAUAGCGGGAAAAAUAUUGUGCAGGAUUCGCGAAAGUUUCAAUUGAUACCGAAGCGAAAUUUUCAUUUCCCGCUCGAUUUCCAUGGACAAAAACGAAAACCCUCAGAAGAACAUGACUAAGUGCUGAACGGCGGAAGAGCAGCAGGAAGAGUCCAAAAGGCAUGGUCACCGACGAUGAAUAAUCCCUUCGCGAAAACAAUCUGUUCAAUCUGCUACGAGGAUCUCAAGCCCAUCGUCGAGGAUCUUCAAGUCAUCUCCAUCUGCGGCCAUGUAUUCCACGAACUAUGCUUGCAGCAAUGGUUCGGGUACUGUUCCGGCAGAAAGAAGUGUACCUGCCCUGUCUGCAAGCAGAGUUGCAAAGCCGCCAAUGUGUCGCGGCUGUAUUUCCAGUCACUGGGAGACCCUGCCGAUCACUGUGCGUCGCAGUGCGAGGAGAAACAGGCCGAUCCCAAGUUGCUUGGGGGAGAGAUUGUGAGAUUGGAGGCGAAGGUUCAGGGGCUCAACUCCACAGUGGAUUGCCAGGGGAAAGAAAUUCAGCGGCUUAAUGGCGAGUUGUAUGACUGUAACGAGCAAUUGAAGGCUGAGCUCUUGUUAAAGAAUGAAGUGGUGAAACAAAAAGCAUCAGUUCAGGAGAUGCUUCGUUCCAAGUCUCAGGAGCUUGAUUUGCUGAAGAAAGACCAUUUGAAGUUACAAGAUAAGAGCAUGGCAUUGGCCAAAGAACUUGCAGCACUGAAACUAACAUCAGACCUGAAUCUGGAGGAAGAUGAAGUUUUAAAGCUUGCUUCCUUUGGUAACGAGGCCAAUGCUAAAGAUACUAUUGACAUUCUACGGAAGUCCUUGGUCUCCCGCAACAAGAGCUACCAAGAGUUAUUGGCCAAGUGCAACCAGCUUGGAAGGGGAGAGGCUCGUUCUUCCAAAAAUCUGGAGAAAGCAAAAGAAAAGAUAAUUAGGUUGAAGACUAGGAUCCAGGAACUGGUGACGGCAGUUGAACUAAAGGAAAAUCAAGCUUUAAGGCUCUUAAAGACUUCAAAAGACACAAACUCCAUGAAGAAAAUUCCAGGUGGACUUAGUGAUAAAUUGGAUACCCCUACUUCUGGCAUUUUUAGACCUGGAAAUCAAAAGGAACAAGUUUCCUCCACAUCUCUGGAUUGCUUGGUUCGGACUGCAAGUCCAAUUGGCGAUGCAAGAGUGCCUUUUUCCAUCAAUGAUCAUGGUUCAAAUUUUACUGACGAGCCUUCAAGGAAUCAGGCUUAUGAUAAGCAAAGAAACAAUUGCAUUAUCAUAGACGAGGGUGAUCAAGAUCUUGAUUUGGAUCACCCAACUGGAAAACAACAAACCAAAGAGCCACCAGUGGAUAAUGCAGGAAGUGGAACCAAUAGAAGUAAGGAUACUGCCAGCGCAGCUGGUGCUGCUCAGGAAGCCUCCUUUUCAAUCGGUGGUAACGUUAAUGUUUGGCCCGCACUGAAUAUAAGAAAGGAGUUGCCGUCCUCAGUUUCUUUUUCAAAACCAGCAGAUAUAUGUUUCUCAAGUGGAUUGCUGGGUCCUGAUGGAACAACUCGGUAUCUUGGGAAGUGGUGUAAACGUGACCAAAGCAAGCAGCCGGCCGGGCAGAAACCAAGCACAAACAGUGGAGACUUGAUUGCUGUUGGAGCUGACGGAAGGGGUGGGAGAGUGAAAGUUUUAAGACCUGUGAAUCAAGCCCUCAUGGGUGGAUCAGAGAGUUCCAUGCCCGCAAAAAGGUGCAAGUUAGGAACCAAAACGACUAGUUUGCAGUCUCAGGGAUGUUUGCAGAUCGAACACUUUUUUGGGAAGGCCAAGCAGUAGUCAGGUACGUUCGUCCUUUGCAUCAAUAUGAGUGUUUUUCAAGAUAAGUCUUCUUCUGAACAGUUUAAGAGAAGCAAAGUGAGGGUGUUGGUUGGCACGGUUAGAAAUCUAGUAAGCGUACCUUGUCAUUGCUCAACCUUGCAUCUCUGUUUUCCAUUGUUUCAACUUUCAACCACUGCCACAUUUUGAAAUUUUCUGGCAGUGGUUUCAACGACAAUCUAUUAUCUAUGUUCUACCAUACAUUGUUUGAACGUUGAUUGUUCCCAACUACUCAACUUAAAAGUUUCAUGUUCUUAUGCAUGCUGGGUUGUGAUAUUCUUUUUUGGCAGGUUAAAAGAAACCAAGAUUCACAAUUUUGGCUCCGAAUCUCGGGUACCUUUUGUUUGUCGACCACGUUCUUCCGGGAUGCUACAACCAUAGUAGGAUGAUCACGUUGCUGAAUGCUGAUGCAAUGCAUGACGGUUUUGGUUUUACUACCAUGCAGCAGACGGCCUAUUUCAAACCGACGACUUGUCACGGUCGCAGCAGUAAGCAUAUAUUCUCUGGUCGGUUAAAAAUCCCAUUGUGCUUGGGCAAUGAAUGUUAAUAUCCUUGGACAAAUCAAACCAUGUAAAAGAAAUCGUAUGACUCUUUGUCCAUGAACUAAGAGACAGGCCAACAGACCGGACCGGUUUUGCUCCCCGCGGGUCAUCCCAGUAAAUAUAAUGAUAAGCAGGCACCAGCUCUAUCGUAUGAAACAACCGUAGGUAAAGUUACACUGGAAAAGUAAUGAUAAAUGUUUUCAUAUCAAAAUUGUGAUUGAACUGUUUUGUAUGAUUAAAAUCGUCUCCCGUUUGUUGAAGUGUGGUUAUCCAGUUAUUCUGAUUUGAUCUAUUGAUACGAUAGAGUUUCUAAAACAUAUAUUUUUUUCUUUUCAAGAGUCAUAUCUCGUUGUUUACAGCCUCUGGUUUCUGUGUUGCCAACUGAUUUGUCAGAAUUCAAAAGGCAUUCUAAUAUAUGGUUAGGUUGAAAAUAAUCUGAGUCGGCGAAUUUGAGCGACAUAUCUACUUUUUGUGUAUAAAAUUGUAUGAAUUGCAAUAUAAAAUUGUCGAUACUCAAUAAGUCGUUGAUUUCCGCUAAAAGUGCACCACAAUACUAUAGAGCAUAACACUCCCAGUAGAGAGACGCUGUCGUCCUGGCUGCGCAUCCUACUGAAUUACUCUGACUUACCUGAGCCUUCCCAACCAUUUACCAUGAGACCACAAAAUGACUCUUCGUAAGGCUAACAAUUCAAUCAUGAGCCCAUUAUCAACGACCUCCAGCCCCAACUACGAAGCUGAUGACAAUUUCGACUUGAUCCGUUUUACUCGAUCUAUUUGAUCUGUUUUGGGGCGGGUACGAGUAUUCUCAUCGACGCGACCUGCCCUGACCCGUCCCAUUCUCGACCCCUUCUUGUCUAAAUCGCAUAUAAUUUUAGUCAAAUUACUUACAAUUUUCCUUUUAUUACAUCAUAUUUUAGCUAUUAUAAAGUUGUAAAUUAGUG